AUGUGGCACUGGGUUUUCGCGGCAGCGCUCGCCGCGCUCUCGCCGCAGGAGGAGCGGCAGGCGAUCGGCGCGGUCCGCCGCCCGAUGUGCGAGGCUAUCGUCGAUGAGAUGCACAUCGAGAUUGCAAAGCACACCCUGCGCAAGGACGGCGAGGACGACGUCUGGGAGACGGUGCCCGCCAUCUGCCUCGCCAUCGUGCAGAACUACACGCUGGUGCGCACGGCGCCGCCGAGCCGCGGCUGGCUGCUGGACAAGCGCGCUGUGCGGCUCGACGACCUCGAGCCCGGCGACACCUCGCCCGCCGACUUUGAGCACCUCUUGCUGCUCAAAAAGGCGUGCGAGCACUACACCGAGGAGUGGCAGCACGAGCUGUCGGGCGCAAUGUACACGCGCACCGCCGCAGGGCUCUCCGCAAACAAGAUCGCGUCCGACCUCUGCGAUGACGUCGCGCCGCCCGUCCGCCCAAAGCGCAAGGCGCGCGCAAGCGGCGGCGGCGGCGGCGGCGGCAAGGCGAAGAAGGGGAGCGGCAAGGGCAGCAGCAAGGGAGGCAAGAAGGGGAGUAGCCCUGGCGGGGAGGGGGAGGGAGUGCCGAGCAUGGACGAGCUGCUCCAGAAGUACGACACGGACGGCACCAUCACCCGCCUGAUGGAGCUUGAGCGAGAGUCGCCAGAGGCGCGCCGCUGCAGACCACCUCUGCCGAGACACUCUCCAGCACACACGCGCACGUACCGGCUGUCUGGCUUGGGCGGGUCCGAGGGACUGCACGGCCUCGGACGGCUACUGCUCAUCGCCCGCGCGUCAAAGCGCCCCUCGAGAGCCGUGCUCCACUCUUGCGCGAUGCUCGAGCCCGCGCAGCUGGAGGAGGCGACUGCCGGCGCAGAGCACCUCCGGUGCGGCGUCUGCCGCGCCAUGUGCAAGCAAGCCCUCGUCGAGGCGAGAGCGGCAAAGGCGCCGCCAGCGCCAGAGAGAGAGGAGGGCUGCCCCUCCGCCGCAGCCAGGUCUGACCCGCACUCCUCCUCGCCCGCCUCGCCCCCCCAGGCGCUGCGCGACGAGGAGUCCCUCUCCGCCAUCACCGCCUCUCUCUGCGUCGGGGUGCCGACCGGGUACGACGACCCCGAGAACCAGCCAAAGUACCCCGGCAACCCGCCCCUGUGGGGGGAGAGGUACCGAGUCCGGAAGAGGAGGGGGGCGGGCGGCGAGGAGCGGUGGCGGCUCGAGCCCCUGCCCAAGAAGGCCGCGCCGGAGGAGCAGUCGGGCGCAGAGUACGACUCGCUCGUGAUGAAGCACGCGAUGAUCACGCGAGCCUGCCGCGCCGUCGAGUCGGACGUCGACGGCGACGACCUCGCGGAGACCAUCUACUCGCUGGCCGCCUCGCUGGCCGCCUCGCAGCCCGGCAAGAAGCUCGGCGCGGCGGCGCUCGGCGACGCCUUUUGUGCGCGCCACUGCGAGGCGGAGAGCGGCGGGGAGGGUAAGGCCGCGACAGACAGGGACGAGCUGUGA